AUGGCGGCGGCGGCGGCCGCGCCCAGGCGCCCGGCUGAGGACCCCGUGACCUUUGACGACGUGGCCGUGUACUUCUCCCGGCGGGAGUGGCGGCUCCUGGACGAGGCUCAGAGACGCCUGUACCACGAGGUGAUGCUGGACAACUUGGCCCUUGCAUCCUCUCUGGGUCCCUGCUGUGGAGCAGAGGAUGCAGACGCUCCCUGUGAACAGAGUGUUUCUGUAGGAGGGUCACCGUCCAGCACCUCACAGGCGGUUCUGUCUUCCCUGAAGACCCACUUCUGUGAGAGCUGUGGUCCAGUCUUGAGAGACAUAUUCCAGUUGGCUGAGCACCAAGGAACACCACACAGCCAGAAUGUGGUCAGGUGUGGGGUAGGUAGGAAACAAUUUUAUUUGGGUGCAAACUUCCAAAUUCACCAGAAGCAGCACCUGGCAAAGAAGCCCUUCGGAAGCUGUGUGGACAGGGCCCUGCUCGUGAAGAGCGAUAAAUUCCAUGUUUCAGAGAAGCCCUUCCCCUGUGAUGAAGUUGGGAAGGACUUUCUGGCCACCUCAAAACAUCUCCAGCAGCAGAGGACUCCCACUGGAGAGGAGCCCAACAAAACUCCCCAGUGCUGGGCAACUGUACAAAACAGGAAAAGUCGCUUUACCUGGGGAGACUGUAAGAAAGCCUUCAGCCCCAGAAAGUCACACGCUCGGGUCCCGGAUGUCCACACUGGAAGACAGUGUGUUGUGCGCUGUGAACGUGGGAAAACAUUCAGAGAUCGGUCCUCAUUCGCUGUUCAGCAGAGAGUUCCCAUAAGUGGAAAGCGUCGUGUGUGUGGCCAGUGUGGCCAGUCCUUUAGGCGAACCUCAACCCUCAAUCAGCAUCGAAGAUUUCACUGUGGGCCAAGACAGUACAAGUGCGGCAAAUGUGGGAAGUCCUUUCACCCAAAAUCUGUGCUCAUUUAUCCCUGGAGAAGUCACGCUGGGGAAAAAUGUGAGUUGUGCCGUGAAUGUGUGCCAUCUUUUAGCCGGAGAUGCAUCCUCAUUCGACAACGGACCGUUCACUCUGGGGAAAGGCGUUACGAGUGCACGCAAUGUGGGGAGUCCUUUAGAAGGAAAUUUUACCUCAUUCUGCAUUGGAGAGUUCACACUGGAGAAAGGCCCCAUGAAUGCCGUGAGUGUGGGAAAUCUUUCACCAGGAGAUCAGUCCUUACUCUACACCGGAGAGCGCACACAGGAGAAAGGCCUUUUCGGUGCAGCAAAUGCAGGAGAACCUUUACCGGUAGUUCCAUACUCAUUCUACACCAGAGAGUACACACAGGAAAAACGCCUUAUGAGUGCAGUGAAUGUUGGAAAUCCUUUAGCCAACAAUCUUACCUCAGUCGACACCAGGUAAUUCACAGUGGAAGACAGUCUUAUGAAUGUAGGGAGUGUGGGAAAGCUUUUACAUCAGUUUUCAUCCUCAAUCAUCAUCAGAGAGUCCACAGAAAAGAAAGACCUCAUCAGUGCCGUGAAUGUGGAAAAUCUUUUAUGCUCAGUCUACACCUUCAUAUACACCAAAUAGUUCACACUGGAGUAAAGCCUCAUCAGUGCAGCGAGUGUGGGAAAUCGUUUUCAGCUGGUUCCAAGCUUAGUAAUCAUCAGAGAGUGCACAGCGGAGAAAGACCUUAUGAGUGCAGCGAAUGCGGGAAGUCUUUUAUCCAAAGGCAUCACCUUAUUACACACCAGAGAGUUCACACCGGAGAAAGGCCACACCAGUGCAAGGAAUGCGGGGAGUUUUUUGCUUCCGGUUUUAACCUCAGAAAUCAUCAGAGAAUUCAUACCGGAGAAAGGCCUUAUGAGUGCAGUGAAUGUGGCAAAUCCUUCAUCCAAAAAUGUUACUUUCUUACACACCUGAGAAUUCACACAGGAGAAAGGCCUUAUGAGUGCAGUGUAUGUGGGUCAUCUUUUACCACCAAUUACGCCCUCCAUAAACAUCAGAGAGUUCACACAAGCAAAAGGCCUUAUGAGUGUACUGAAUGUGGGAAAUCCUUUAGGACAAAUUCUUACCUCAUUGAACACUGGAGAGUUCACACUGGAGAAAAGCCUUAUCAGUGUAGAGAAUGUGAGAAAUCCUUUUCAACUGGAACAGGCCUCCGUUAUCAUCAGAGUGUUCACACCGGAUUAAAGCCUUUUGAGUGCAGUGAAUGCGGGAAGUCUUUUCCCUGUAGCUCAGCGCUCAUUCGACAUCAAAGAACUCACACAGGUGAAAGGCCUUAUGUGUGCAUUGAAUGUGGGAAAUCCUUUAUUCGAAGACAUCAUCUUGUUGAACACCAGCGCAUUCACACAAAGGCCUCAGGAUUGUAGAGAAUAUGGGCGAUCUUUUUUCCCCCCCUGGGAAAUCUUUUAAAAAUACUUUCUAGUCCAAUUAACAGUGGAUAGUUCACAUGGGAGAAAGGUGUUUGAUUGCAAAAACAUGCUAAAUCCUUUAGCCGUAAAUCUUCCCUUUCUUAGCACCUGAGACUUAAUGUUGGUGAAAGGUCUCAUGAGUGUAGUGGACAUAUGAAAUGUUUUAGCUGUAUCUAUGGUGUUUGUUUUUAAUCUGAGAGUUCACGUAGGUUGAAGGCUGUAUGUUUCAGCAAAUGUGAAAAAUCGUUUACCCACAGCUUGCCAGUCUUUCCGUCCCUGUCAGUUCACUCAGUAGAAUGGUCUUAGGGCUGCAUGGAAUGUGGGAAAUCCUUUUCCGAAAGGAUUUACCUUAUUGUACAGUGAAGCGUUUGCAUGAGAGAAAUAUUUCAGACCCGCGAGGGAAUGCGAAAUUUUCUUCCUUCAUGACUCUGGAAGAAUCCAGGAGAAACCAUCUGUCUGUAUUCAAUCUCCUGUGUCUCGUUAUCAAAGUUUGGAGAUAACCUUUAAUUUGUAGUUACUUUGCAAACAUGUAAAGGGUGUCCCAAAAUUCACGCA